UAUCUAUCGUGCUUGUUUACAAGAUGACGGUGAAAGUGACUCUGCACUGAUUAUAAAUAACACAUUUUGCCACCUUCCAAGCUUUUUUCGUGCCUAGUUUUUGAGGUGCUGGACUGCAUUUUUGUGUCGUUUUAAGACGGAAGGUGGACGAGGCUGCAUGUUUCCUCUGCUGCCGUCAGACACUUUCAUUUUGCAGUGUCACUGACACACGAAGAGAUCUGUCCACUGGGCCUCCCAGACGUCUCUUAAGCCUUCCGAAUGAACAGAACAACUGCUAAGCAUCUGAUAGAGCGCUACUUUCGGCAGUUAACCGAGGGGUGUGGAAAUGGCAGCUGCAGAAAUGAGUUUUGUGCCUCUUGCCCAAGUUUUGAAACUAUGGACAAAAAUGCUGCUGCUGCCAAAGCACUGGAGCUGGUCAAGAAUAAUGCCAAACUUUGUGAACCAUCCAAGAAAGAGUGUGUUUGCCCUGACCCCCAGCUGGACAGUAUGACGAGUAGCACAGAUCUCAUCGAUGACUUCUCAGAUGUUCAUCACCUAACAGAGAACAUUGUUUGUACAAUCCUGAGUGAGUGUGAGGAGAAAGGAGACUACGCUGCUCUCAUUCCGGUCAUUGGCCGGGUUUUUUCAAACACAUGCUCCCUCAUUAACAGUUUCAGGAAGGACAAGAAUUGCAAAGCAGAAAACCCAGACUCUGUGGAGUCUAGGAAAACUAGCAAAAACGAUCACCAAGCAGAGAAGACUUCUGAACCGUUGGGUGCUUCCUCAGAAGCUGCUUCAGAAGACAGCGAGAAGUUGGAUUCCUGUGACGUGACAGUGGACAUCGAGGCUGUCAGGAGAGUAUACGACAGACUUCUUGAGAUCAACGAGCUGGAAGAAGCUCUCAUCAAUGCACUUUUGUUCCUCACUCCAAGCAUGAACCUUGACCUUCUCUACCUUGACAUGUAUGAUACAAACCCUGACUACUUGAAUAUCUUCAUUAUCAUCAUGGAAAACAAGAACCUUCACAGUCCCGAGUACCUUGAGAGUGCGUUACCAAACAUCUGCAAGGUGAUGAGCCUGCUGCCAGUGACGGCACAAGCUCGGCUGGCACGGCUCUGGUCGCGGUAUGGUGUUCCUCACCUCCGACGCUUGUUGGAAACCUUUCAGCAGCUCAUAACUUUCACCGUCGUGUGCAACGAAUAUGAUGCCGAUAACCUGGUGAAUGAUGACGAGACAGUGGUGGCUGCUACGGAGUGCUUAAAAAUAGUCUUCUAUGCAAGCAUUUUGGGAGGGAACGUAGAUGUUGAUCACAACGAGGACGACGAUGAAUACUUCCAGCCAGAUGAGAUAAGCCUUCAUGAGCUCCUGGGUGAGGAACGCCUCUACAAGAAGGCUCCACACGUUGAUAGUCUUGGUAAGGAACUUGGCGUCCGAGCCAUCGAUAGCCGAGAGCCUCUCAACCCCUUCGAGGACUUUGUGAACGAGUCGCUGAACGACGUGGUGGAGAUGGACAAGGACUUCACUUUCUUUAAAGUUGAUGCAGAAACAAAGUUCUCCUUCCAGACCUGCCCUUUCAUCCUGAAUGUGGUAACUAAGAGCCAAGGGCUCUACUAUGACAACAGGAUCCGUAUGUACAGUGAGCGACGGCUCACAGCUGCCUACAGCAUGGUGCAGGGCCAGGAACUGAACCCAUAUCUGAAACUGAAAGUACGCAGAGACCAUGUCAUCGAUGAUGCCCUCGUCAGACUGGAGAUGAUCUCCAUGGAGAAUCCAUCAGACCUGAAGAAGCAACUCUUCGUGGAGUUUGAGGGGGAGCAGGGCGUGGACGAGGGCGGGGUGUCGAAGGAGUUCUUCCAGUUGGUCCUGGAGGAAAUAUUUAACCCUGACAUAGGGAUGUUUACAUAUGAUGAGGAGACCAGACUCUUCUGGUUCAACUCGUCCUCAUUGGAGAAUGAAGACCAGUACACGCUGGUGGGCAUCGUCCUGGGACUGGCUAUCUACAACAACUGCAUCCUGGAUGUGCACUUCCCCAUGGUGGUCUACAGGAAACUGAUGGGGAAGAAAGGGACCGAGCUGGACCUGUCAGACUCCCACCCGGCUUUGUACCAAAGUCUUACUGACCUGCUGGGAUACUCUGGAAAUGUGGAGGAGGACAUGAUGCUGACCUUCCAGAUCUCCCACACGGACCUUUUUGGAAGCCCAGUAUUGUACGACUUAAAAGAGAAGGGCGAAAGCAUCCCUGUCACAAAGGAGAAUAGACAGGAGUUUGUUGGUCUGUAUGCUGAUUACAUCCUCAACAAGAGUGUGGAGCGACAGUUCAGAGCAUUCAAAAAGGGCUUCCUGAUGGUGACCAGCGAGUCCCCAAUGAGAUAUUUGUUCAGACCAGAGGAACUGGAGCUGCUCAUCUGUGGCAGCAGGAAUCUUGACUUCGAAGCUUUGGAAAAAUCCACUGACUAUGAUGGAGGCUACAGCAAAGACACGCAAAUAAUCAAAGAUUUCUGGGAGACGAUUCAUUCAUUCGGAGAAGAGCAGAAGAGACUUUUUCUUCAGUUCACAACCGGUACAGACAGAGCACCUGUCGGUGGGCUGGGCAAAUUAAAGAUGAUCAUUGCCAAAAAUGGCUCCGACACAGACAGGUUGCCGACCUCUCACACCUGCUUCAACGCACUGCUUCUUCCAGAAUACUCGUCCAAAGAAAAGCUGAAGGAAAGACUCCUUAAGGCUAUCACCUACGCCAAAGGAUUUGGAAUGCUUUGAAUAGAAAUAGAUGGAGUAUGGCGGAUAGAGAUCCUAAAUGCUGCGAUAACCCUGUGCCUCAGUAACAUCCACCAGCCAAGCAUUAGUUGAUGUUUUUCCUGACGAAACCAUGUGUGUUCAAUUUUAAAGUUGUUUUGAGUUGUUUUGUUCACCUGUGGAAGUGCUCUUACGAACAAGAUGAUUUGAAUAUAAGCACAUUUAUGGGUGUGAGUGGGCGGUGGUGCAGCCAAACUCAGCCGACUCCUUACAUACCAACAAGACGGCAGGGUCACUCUGGUCUGUCACCCUUCAAGUUGGAGGCUCCAGUGUCUUCAAAAAAAAAAAAAAAAACAAA